AUGGCUGAAACUGAAGACCAAAAUCACACAACACGUUUCAUUGAAGAAUACAGGUAAUGUUAACAUUAAAUUUUUAAGAAUUAAUAAUUAAUGAUUUUUUUAAAACUUUUUACAUAAUAAUUUAGUAAUUUACUUUAUUUUAUAUUAUUUAGAUCAUUCCAGCUACUAUGGGAUACCAACCAUGAAGAAUACACAAAUAAAAUGAAAAGAAAUGUUGCCAUUGUCGCGAUCGGCAUCAAAUUUAAUAUGGACCCGACGGCAGUAAAAUCUAAAAUAUAGAGUUUGAGAUCUUACUUUUCGAAAGAACGCCAAAAAGUACUAAAAAAAAUAUCUGGUUCAGGAACAGAAAAAAACUAUUCUUCCUCGUGGUUUGCAUAUAAAAAGCUGUUUUUUAUUUCUGAUUCAACAACACCAAGGGAAACUAGAAAUAGCGAGGAAGAUAAUAACCCGACAAGCGCUAAUAAUAAUGAAAACGUAAGUUGUUUUUAUAAUUUUUUUUAUUGCGAUAACCAUAUAAUGUGUUUAUUUUAUUUGGGUUUAUAAACUCAUUUGUUAUUUGUAAAUUAAUAAACAAUUCACUACAUUUAAUAAUAAUAAUCUUCUCAUUGCAUUAUAAUAUCUUUACACAUAAUAAAAAAAUCUUGAACAGUUGUACAUUAUAAUACGAAUAAAACGUAUCCCCAUUAUCUCCUAAUUUAAUCUAAUCUAAUGAAAAUUAGAUUAGAUUAUGAUUAUGAUUAUUAAAUCAUAUAAUAAAUAAAUAUAAAUGUUUUUGCAAUUUUGCAAAUUCAUUUUCGAUAUUGUAUUUGUUUAUAAGUAUAUGUCCUGAAAUGGUACUGAUCCAAUUUCUGAUAUAAAAUAUGACAUAAAUUCUUCUCUGAUGUUUGUUGCAGUUGUCGCUGGUCUUUGUGGGAUUAA